AUGGCAGUCGAAACAAUAGAGCCAUACAAGGAAAGCAGUUAUGUGGCUCUGGAGAAUAAACGUAAGCAUCAUAGUCUGCAAAGACGGGGACAAAGACAAGGUAAUAACAAAAGACAAACAUUGAGUCCUGAAAACCAAGUAGAGGAUAAUAGGCAAAAAAAAGGAAUCAAGGAAAAAGAAGAAGAAGAAGAAGAAGAAGAGGAGGAGGAGGAGGAGGAGGAUGAUGAUGAUAUCGAAGAGGAAGAAUCGCCUGAACAGAUAGCAAAGCAGUAUAAGAAAUUUAGUAACGCGCCAAAGUUCAAUUAUAAUAGCGAAGAGCUUUUCUGUAUAUGUCGACGAGUGGACGACGGAGAAAUCAUGGUUGCAUGUGAUGGUUGCGAGGAGUGGUUCCAUUUCAAAUGCAUGAAGAUUGACCCUAAGCUUUCGAAUCUUAUCGCCAAAUUUUACUGCAAGUUUUGCAAGUGGAAAGGAGAUGGUAGGACUUUGUGGAAGCGCAAGUGUCGUUUGCAAGGGUGUUAUCUGCCUAUCAAAAAUGAUUCCAAAUACUGCUCUAGCGAACACGGAGAAGAAUAUAUGACGCGGUUGCUCUUGCAUGGCAAAGGUUUAAAUCGUACUAUAAUUAAGCGAGUGAUUGAUUUCGUUGAAGGUGACGGCCAUAAACUUCGCCAGCUCGGGAAAGUAUUUCCAGAGGUUGACAUAGUAACAAGAUACAAGUCAGAUCCUAAUUCAGUAACUUUAUCGCCGUUUCCAGAAACUACAAAGAUAGAACUUGCCAAAGUAGACGAAAAAAUCAAAUGCUUGGAUUCGGAUAUACAACAAUACGAACUACGAAGCCAAAGCUUAGUGAAAUGCAAAGAGCUUAUAAAGACUUUAAAUGAAAAAGUGACAAAAACGAUAUUUCCAGAGGAGAAUUUUGAAAGCCUGGUAAAGCCAAAUUCGAAAAAAUCUAAGCAAAAGAAACGGAUUGAUCUUUGCUUGUGUGAUAGAUCUGAAGAUGGGCGACUUAUUCAGCUACUCGUUGAAUCAGAGAAUGUCUUUAACGAAUUAAUUGCAAAAUUGCAAAGACGAGAUGAAGAGGCUAAAAGGGAUACAUUAAGCGAUGAAGAGGAAGACGGAGUUGAAAAAACUCAACAAGAAGCUGAAGAAGGAAUUGAAAAUAGAAUAAAGGAGGAUUUUGAUUUGUUUCGCGAUAAUCUCUGCAUCAAAGAAAAGAAAAAGUGUCACCGCCACAAUGGCUGGUGGGGAUUAUACUAUGACGAAACGGAUAAGCUAUUGGAUCAAUUAUACACAAGGAAAUCCUUGCUCGAGCAGGAGAAAGAUGCAAUUUUGCGAAACUAUUCUAUUCUGGUAUAUGAAUCAUAA